AUGGUCUCUCGUAACGCCGGCGGAAACAUCCGCUUCGCUGUCAGAGACAUUCUUCUUCUAGAUACCCGCUUCGUGAUCGACGAGCUUGUUAUUCUUCAUCAUACUGAUUGUGGCUCUACCAUGUUUACCAACGAGUGGAUGCGCGACACUGUCAAAGCACGAGUUGGUGAGACCUACUGGGAGGAGAUUGACAGGAUUGACUGGGGCGCCAAUACUGACAUGGCGGAGAGUGUUAGAGGUGAUCUCGAGUGGCUUCGCAAGAAUGAGGUUAUUAGGGACGAACUGAAGAGCACGGCUCGUGGGUUUCUCUUCGAUAUCAAGACUGGAAAGGCUGAGGAGAUCAAACUUGCUUAG